AUGAGCUUCCGGAUUCCUCCGCCAGUCACUAUGAGGGAGCGGAUGGCUCGGGUUCGGGCAUUGACGGCCCAACGUCAAGACGGCAUUGAGGUAGGGUGCUUUGCCCAGUUCUUCUGGACGAGGACGGUGGGGCUGGGCUAUAACGAUGAGGCGCUAAAGGGGAUUUUUAAUGCCUCGAUGACCCUCUGCCUCAGUGGGAGUUGGAGGGGCUUCAGAUUCUGGAUUUUUGGGGCUUUGUUAAAUAUCUCGGCCAUAGAGUCCAUUGGGCAACACCUGCUCAGCCAGAGGCCGCACCAGCCAGAUAAUAAACAGCUUGGAGAAGAAGGGAGCAGCUCAAAAUCUGAUGAUCAAGCAGAUUUAGGUGAAGCACCUAAACCGUCUGACUCUGAUUCAUUACUCAGCAGCCUGGAGAUCUUACUGCCCAAUCUAUCUGUUGUGUUAUUUGGAAACUCUGCAUCAGUCCAGUUUGGAAAUGAAAACCUUCUACUUGGAGAAAAAGAAAUGAAUAUGAAAAAUGCAGAAAUAUCCAGAAUUAUUCCUUUACAGAGGAAGAUAUCAGAACGUCACAUCUCUGUGAUCAACAUGAUUGACUUACAUGAGACUGAACAUGAGAAUAAUCUCAUUGGUCAAGUAGUGAAAAGAAGUGAAAUCCAUGCCUUCAUCUUUGUUGUGCGACUGGGCCAGUUUACAGAUGAUGAUAAGAUGGGUCUUGAAUGGCUUCAGAGAGUGUUUGGAGACAAAGUUCUACAGUUUGUGAUGAUUCUCUUCACCUAUGAGAAAAAAGAAGCGUGUGACACAAUAACAGAUGAUAUAAACAAAAACCCUGUUCUGGAGCAGCUGCUGAAGAAAUGUGGAGGAAGAUUUCAGACCUGCAACAAGAUAAUGAACAACCAAUCAGAGAUGAGAGAACUGAUGAACAAGAUUGAGCUUCUGUUUAAUGAGAAUAAACAGUGUUACACUGGAGAGAUACAAGAGACAGAAGAGCCGCAACAGAAGAGUGAUUGUGAAAGUGAUAAAGCUUCAAUCACGAGAGGAAGCAGUGAGUCUACCACAGCAGCAGAGACAGAAGAAACAUGCAUGGUAAGAGCUGAGGGACCAGCAAACGAGUGUAGAGCAAAUAAAGAAACAAUUACAAGGUUAAAACCACUCCUGCACAGACUUCAUCUUUACAAUCAUCAAAGUAAACUGAAAGCUUCAGAUGUUCUUCAGAUAUCUGAACAUUCAUUAAAGUCCCAUGAGUCUUGUGCUGAAGAUGAGCUGAUUCAGACUUUCAUACAAAAACUACUGAUGAUGGACUACAGAGCAAGAUACAUUAAAACUAAAGAGACCAGCAAAGAAAAUUAUACAAAACAAAGAGACAAUGACUCAUCUGAUGAUGAGGGUGAUCUAUUCAAAGCAAUGUCUUUGUCUAACAAAGGAACAAACCAAUCUGAGCAAAUCAACCCGAUGGAUGUUCAGAUGGCCCUGUUUCAUUGUGCUGAUGGUUUCCUGAAGCAGCUGAUGGUCACUAAACUGUCCCAGUGUCAGUACGCUCUGCCUCUGCUUGUUCCUGAUCCAUUCACACAACAGAUUGAGUUUCCUCUCUGGACAUUCAGACAAAUCAACAAGAGCUGGAAGAUCAGAAACACCAACAAUGAGAUCAUCAGUCGAAUCCAGCCGAUCUACAAGGCAGAAACUCCAAUGGUGUUUUUCUUCAGGUUUGGCUCUGUGUCUUCAUCCAAGUCUGAGCUGAUGAACAGUCUGAUUAAUGAGAAACACAACACAUUCUUCCACAGGAACUGCCCAGGCAGCAGCAGAACCAGAGUCCUGAUGGAUGGAGUGGUGGAGAUCGCCUGGUUUUGCCCCUCUGGAUUAUAUGAUGAUAAAUUCACUGACUGUGUUGCAUUCUGUAAUCUACACGGUGAUGCAGGAGACCAUGAGAAACAGCUGCAGAUCCUCACUGAAACGAGCUCAGUCAAUGUUGUUCUUCUACAACAACUGGACAGGAAUGACAAAAGUGCAGCAAUAAUCCAAAAUCUGUACAAGGACAGAAAGCCACUCAUUUGUCUUUUUACUGAAGAUGAAUCUACUGUAGUUCAGACGAAGAAAGGGAAAUUUAAAAUUGGUUUGAAAGACAGAAAUCAGUCAGCUGUAUCUGAAGAACUCAGAAGAGCUAUAAAUGACUGUCUCUCAGAAUCAUCUUCCACUUUCAGAAUUGAAGAUGUGUCCAAACACUCAUACGUCAGAGUAGAUGAGGAAGAUGAUGAUGACUGCAGGAGAGGAAGAGAAGCAGCACAGCAGAUGAUGAGUUUACUGGAGAAGAAAGAUCUGACAGAAAUCAAAGAAUCAUUUCUGCCUCAUCAGGGGAAACUGUGGCAUCAGUGGAGUCAGAAGAACAAAGAACUACAUCGACCUCGAGGAGAUGAACUAGAAAUGGAUAUAAGCCAAAAACAAGUUCAUUUGAAGAAAAUACGUGAGCAGCAGCAUGCAAUUAACAUAAAUAGAUUUAUACAGUUGUUUAUUGAGGAAAUACACUUGCAGGCUGAGAGUAAGAUGUAUUUUCUUAAAUGGCUUGGAAUCUUCCCAGAUGAAUAUACAUCAAAGUAUAUUUCUGUACUUAAUCACAAAUAUGAUGAAAAGUGGUCGGCAGUUAUAAAACUGAAAGGGAAUCAUGAUAAAUCUGAAAAACUCAAAGCUGAACAAACAGAACUUGAGAAAAUAUCUGAGGAUCUUCAAGCUGCAGCCUUUGGUUUGGAACACAUCAUGAGGGAGAUCGGUCAGAUCUAUGAAUCAUGUGAAUCUGUGCAAAAGAACAAGAAAGACCUGCAGGUUCACUUCUCUUCUCUCCCGAGUCUUGCAGCAGAGAUGGUGAUCUCUGGAUUUCCACUGGAGCUGAUGGAUGGAGAUGCUGCUCAUGUUCCAGUGGUCUGGAUCUCUGCUGUUCUAGAUGAACUCAUCCAGAAACUGGGAGACCAGAGAGUCUUUGUGCUGUCAGUUUUAGGGAUUCAGAGCUCUGGGAAAUCCACCAUGCUGAAUGCCAUGUUUGGACUCCAGUUUGCCGUCAGUGCUGGCAGGUGCACCAGAGGAGCUUUCAUGCAGCUGGUCAAAGUGUCAGAUGAGAUGAAAACACAGAUGAACUUUGACUAUAUUCUGGUUGUAGAUACUGAGGGUCUUCGUGCUCUAGAACUAGAUGGAGGAUCAACAAAAGAUCAUGACAAUGAAUUGGCCACAUUUGUUGUUGGUCUUGCAAAUCUGACCUUGAUCAACAUCUUCGGUGAAAACCCAGCUGAGAUGCAGGACAUUCUUCAGUCUGUCGUUCACACCUUCAUGAGGAUGAAGAAGGUCAGACUGAAUCUCAGCUGUGUGUUUGUGCAUCAGAAUAUUACAGAUAUCACAGCUGAAGAAAAAAAUAAGGAGGGAAAGAGACGACUGCAGGAGAAACUGGAUGAGAUGACAAAACUCGCUGCUAAAGAUGAAGACUGUGAUGCAGGAUGUUUCAGUGAUGUCAUUAAAUUUGAUGUUCAGAAUGAUGUGAAGUAUUUUGCUCAGCUUUGGGAGGGAAACCCACCGAUGGCACCACCAAACCCAAAAUACUGUGAGAAUAUUCAAGAACUAAAGAAAACUAUUAUGUUUCAUGCCUUAAAAUCAAACAGAAUGAUGCUGAAAGACUUAAAAGACCGCAUUAAUGAUCUCUGGGAAGCUUUACUGAAUGAAGGAUUCGUCUUCAGCUUCAGAAAUUCUCUGGCGGUCACAGCCUACAGGAAACUGGAGACAGAAUACAGCAAGUGGUCCUGGAGGCUUCGCAGUGCCAUGAUGGAAAUCGAGAACCAACUACACAACAAAAUAGAAAAUGAAGCAAUUCAUGAGGUUGAGGAAAUGGAUCUUCAAAGAGAACUGAAGAAGACAAGUGAAGAAGUAGAAAAAUCAAUGUCUGAGUUCUUUGAGAAAGACACAUAUGCAGAUAUACUGAUUCAGUGGAAAACAUCCUUUGACAUCAAAAUCAAAGAUGUUCAGGAAAACAUUAUAAAAGAGACAAAAAGGAAAUUAAAUGAGAUUCUUCAGCAGCGAGACCUGAAGAAAAUGAUUGAUGCUCAGAGGACACAUCAUGAAAACACUUUUUUAGAAAAGAGCAAAGAACUUGCCCUAAAUUUUAAAGACAAAACAAAUGAUGAAGAAACACAGAAAAAAGUGUUUGAUUUGCUUUGGGAAAGGUAUAUGUGUAAAAGAGCAAACAGGAUGAACACUGACCAGCACAGAGAGUUCAGAGAAGCCAAUGAUCCUGUAAUAUAUGUUAAGAAGAAGAGAGAAGAGUACUACAGUAUUUUCCAGAAAUACUCUCAUGGAGCAACAUCAGCUGCCAUUUUUGGAGAGAUCAUCUGUCAGAAACUGAAAGAGCCCAUUGAGCAGAGUGUCUAUAAGAAGACUGCCAGAGAUCUGACAGAUGAAAUGAGAUCAAACUGUGAAUCACUGAAUGGAAACAGAUCAAAUCUGGAGAAACACAUCCUGAAGACACUUGCAGAAGAGGAGGAUUUUGACAAAUACAUGAACUACAUUAAUAAUCCCAGAGAUCACUUCAAGAGUUUCAUCAGAGAUGAAGUCAGUCAGUACAUCACUGAUAAGUUCAGUGUCAGUGUUUUACCCAAGAUGAAGGAGAACAUUAAACUCCUGCAGCAGAAGAUCAUGAAAGCAGCACAUGAAUCUACUGAACAUGUUCAAGAGAAUAGAGGAGAUGUUGGUUUGUGGUUGAAGAGUUUCACACAGAAGCUCUCAGAUGUGUUGAUCUUCUCUGAAAAAGACCUCAGUGGAGUGAAACAUGAUGAUGUUGAUGAUAUCAACCUUCUAGAAGAUGUGAUAAGACAGGAACUUCCUGCUAUAAUGUCUGAUAUUAUCAGUAGGUUCAAUACAAAUACAUUUCCAGUAAAUUUGGACUUUAAGUUCAGGCCAGAUGAGCUUCUGAUUGAUCACUUCUGUCAGUGCUGUUGGGUUCAGUGUCCGUUCUGUGGAGCCACCUGCACCAACACUAUAGAAAACCAUCACGGAGAUCACAGUGCUCCUUUCCAUCGUAGUUUUGGACUGAAUGGGGUGCAUUACAAAAAUACAUCUAACUUGUCUACUCAUAUCUGCACAUCAGCAGUAGCAAACACCACUCUAUAUUUUUAUUCCAGUGACUCAGAUGACAGCAUCUUAUAUAGAGAUUACAGAAGAGCAGGAGGAGUUUAUGCAGACUGGAGCAUCACUCCUGAUCUCUCUGAACUGCCCUACUGGAAGUGGUUUAUAUGCAGAUUCCAGACAGAUCUUGAAAAGCACUACAUUAAAACAUUUGAGGAAAGUGGUAAAAUCCCAGAUGAAUGGAGAAAAUACUCAAAACAGGAUGCUUUUGACAGUUUGGAUAAAUAAAUUUAAAUAACUUUAUUUUAGGCUUUUGUUUUACAGAACACGGUAUAAUAAAAUAAAAAUGACCUUUUAUUCUUAACUUCAAUGAGGCUGAAAUCAUCUACAUCUCAGGAUACACCAAAGAAAAGUUUAAAGAUGUAGUUUAGUUGGUUUUAUUUUAGUUCUAGUACUUUACAUCUGUUAACUAAUAUCACCUAAAUAAAUUUGACUGAUAAAUAAAUGUUAAAUACUGUACUGUGUGAAAUAUGUUCUGUACAUUAAUACUGAUUAAACACCUUAAAGUGCGCCUAUUAUGCUUUUUCGAAUAUCACCUUUCAUGCAAUGUGUAAUGUAACUCUCUGUGAAUGUAAACAAUCUGCAAAGUUUUCCUCUCAGAAGAAAGAAUCGACACUGAACCAAAUAUGUCAUCAGGAAUCCCACUUCCCUGAUGACUACACAUCACUGGGUAACAUAUUUGCCUAUUGCCUACGUUUUUCAUUAGCUGCCUGUGAACAACGUCUACUUUGACCCACCCUCACAUGCUGUAACUGGUUCACGUUGUGUACAUAUCAAGAAGACACGGUUUUCUGCUCUACAAAAGAAAAUUCUCUUUGUAAAUACUUCCAAAGUAUGAGGAUGUGAAGAGCAGUGGUUAAAAUUACCACAAUACAACAGCAGUUUAACCUUUUGACAAUUGUUUCUCAAAUCUCUCUGACCCAGGUCAAAAAAAGUACAUUUCUAUAAUGUACUUAAAAUGCCCUAUUUUUGCACACUAAUUUUGUACUUAAUAUACUAAAAAU